AUGGAAGGCGCGGCGGAGCUUGUUUCCACCGUUGGGCUGGUGGUCGGUGAGGAGUACCGGCAGCUCCGCGGCGUCGGCCGCGAGGUGGCUGAGCUCAGAGACGAGCUGGCCACCAUGAACGCCAUCCUCCGCAUGCACUCCGAAGCUGACGAGGGCGACGUGGACCACUUCGUCCGGGAGUGGAUGAAGCAGGUGCGCGAGCUCGCGUACGAUUCGGAGGACUGCGUCCACCUCUACAUUUUCCGGAUCAGGUGCCGGCGUAGCGACGGCCUUGUCGCUUGGUCCAAACGCGUGCUUGCCACGCUUUUUCCUCGACAUCGCCUAGCAGGCGACAUCAAGGACCUCCGCGCCCGUGCGGUUGCCAUCAGCGAGCGCCACGCGCGGUACGGCGUCAGCAGAGAGGCACUGCGCGGCUCUCCUUCUUUGGCUUUCGCCCCCAUGCCACGGGCAGCUUCCGCAUCCGCGGAUGCGCUUCGCCCUGCCAACGACCCUGGCCAGUUCGUCGGGAUCAUGGAGCAGGCAAACAUCCUCGCUGAGAAGGUGAAGGCGGCGGAUGACCAAGAGAGUGACAUGAAGCUUAAGGUGUUCUCCGUCGUGGGGUUUGGAGGGCUCGGAAAGACUACGCUGGCCAUGGAGGUGUGCCGGCAGCUGGAGACCGAGUUCCAACGCCAAGCACAAAUCUCUGUGUCCCAGACCUUCGACGACAAGAAGGACAUGGAGGCACUUCUGAAGCGUGUUAUUCAGCAGAUCGUGAAGCCGAAAGCAGAUAAUGAGGAAGGCAUCAAGGUAGAGGAAUCUCUCACUGGCGGCCUCGACAAUAUGAAUCUCAACCAGCUGGCCCAGGAGCUAGCGAGGACACUACAGGACAAGAGGUACCUAAUUGUGAUCGAUGAUGUGUGGACCAUAGCGGCCUGGGAUGCAAUCCAAGCCAAGCUGCCAGAAAACCACCGUGGAAGUAGAAUCAUGGUGACUACUCGGAUAGCAGCAGUGGCAAAAGCAUGCAGUAAUAAAAGUGAUUAUAUAUAUCCGAUUCAGCCUCUGAAUUCAGAAAACUCUGAGAGGUUGUUCCUCAGUAGAGCAUUUGGCUCCAUGGAUGCCUCUUGCCCCGACAGGCUAAAGAAGGCAAUGGAUGAUAUUUUGAGAAAAUGUGGUGGGCUUCCAUUGGCUAUUGUCAGCAUUGCUAGUCUUUUGGCAAACUACAAAUCAUCAGAGAGUAAAGAUAUGUGGGAAAGAGUUUCCAAGUCAAUUGGAUCUCACAUGGAGGGCCACCCUAGCCUUGAGGGGAUGAAGAGGAUAAUCACACUCAGCUACAACCAUCUGCCUUAUGAUCUGAGGCGUUGCAUGAUGUAUCUUAGCAUUUUCCCAGAGGAUUCUGUGGUCAACAAGAAUCGUCUGUUGAACAAAUGGAUUGCCGAAGGAUUGAUUGCUGAGAUGCGGGGGUUGACCUUGCUGGAGGUUGCCCAAGCCUACUAUGACGAACUUAUCAGUAGAAGCAUGAUUGUUCAGGGCCCGGGAGAAAGCAAUAAUGAAGGAAACGGGGAGACGUGUCGAGUGCACGACAUGAUGCUUGAGGUCAUGGUGUCUAAAUCCCUAGAGGCUAAUUUUGUUAGCCUUGUAGGUGGGCAGUACAAAGGGAUGGCGUAUGAUAAGAUUCGCCGCCUCUCCAUCCAUGGCGAAGAAGAGGGACCCAUGGGCUUGACAUCCAAGAGAAAAGGAGUGAGGAAUACGGAGAUGAACGUGAAACAUGUCCGAUCACUGAUCAUGCUCAAUAAUCAGGGGCACAAACUGCUUGAUCAACUGGGCGAAUUGACGCUGCUAAGAGUACUUGACCUGAAUGACUGCAAGGGCCUAGAAAACAAGCAUAUGGGUGAUAUCUGCCGGUUGUACCUUCUAAGGUACUUGAGCUUGAGGGGAACAGCUGUGAGUGUGAUGCCUCCGGAAGUUGGUGAGCUGGAGCAAUUACUGACGCUUGAUGUGUGUGGUACGCUCCUUAAAGGCCUUCCAGAAACUGUGAACAAGCUGGAGAAACUUGAGCGCCUGUUUUUCACCCACACCCAUAGGUGGGACUAUCUGUGGAUGCCGACCAGGGGUGUCUCCAGAAUGAAGGCGCUGCGCGAGGUGCUUAAAGUUGGGAUCGCAGACGACAUUGAUGUUGUGCGAGAGAUUGGCGAACUGCAACAACUGCAAGUGAUUGUCAUCUACGUGGACACGGAGGUGUCCACUGAGGCAGUCCGCACAGAGCUUGCCCUCUCUCUAAGCAAGAUAUACUCCCUACGGUUUCUCAACAUGGGACAGACCGGCUGGACGGAUAAUACAUUGAAGUUUCUACAUCAAGUCUCGCCACCACCACGGCUCCUUCGUAGGAUAAGGAUUGCUGGUGGCAUGGAUGGGCUGCCCUCCUGGAUCGGGUCACUCACAUAUCUUGAAGAGAUUGAGCUUUCCUGGACAUUCCUCGUUGAUGACCAACUAUUCGAAGUUCUGUGCAAGUCUCCCAGCCUGAAAAGCAUCAUUUUGCAGCUUAAUUUCUGUGGUGGCAGCGAGCUCGUUGCACGCAGCACACAGAAAUUUACGGCGCUCAGAAGCCUGAAUGUGACCCUUGGUGAUGAAUUUCCCAAAGUUCUGCGAUUCGAGGAAGGAGCCAUGGCAACCCUCGAGAGCCUUGGACUGGGUAUCGGUGACAAUAACAACACCUUUGACGGCAUAGAGCACUUAACAAACCUGAAAGAGGUGUAUGUCUCUGGUAAUAGAGAAUGCUCCGCAAUGAAGCUUGGCCUUGAGAAGCUAAAGGCCGAGAAUGAGAUUCGCCACCCUAAUGAGUUCAAGAUUAUAGUGUCAUAA